AUUAUUGUAUUAUUUCUUUAGGUUAAAUUUCCAGAUGUGGCUUCAGAGCAUCAAAAGCUUAUGGACAUUUUUAUGGCUUCUUUUUAAAAUUUUUUUAUUGUACUUUAGAUGAAGCUUUACAGAGCAAACUAGUUUCUCAUUAAACAAUUAAUACACGUUUUAUGACAUUGGUUGCCAACCCCACAGCACAUCAAUAUUCUCUACUUCUCUACUUUGGGUUCCCCAUUACCGACUUUCCCGUCCCCUCCUGCCUUCUCAUCCUUGCCACAGGGCUGCUGUGCCCAUUUAGUCUCGUUUUGUUUUAUGGGCCUGUCUAAUCUUUGGCUGAAAGGUGAACCUCAGGAGUGACUUCAUUACUGAACUAUAAGCGUGUCCAGGGACCAUACUCUUGGGGUUUCUCCGGUCUCUGUCAGACCAGUAAGUUUGGCAUUUUUUUGUGUGUGUGUGUGUGAGGUAGAAUUUUGUUCUACAUUUUUCUCCAGCUCUGUCUGGGACUUUCUAUUGUGAUCCCUGUCAGAGCAGUCAGUGGUAGCCGGGCACCAUCUCACCAUCUAGUUGUGCUGAACUCAGUCUGGUGGAUGCUGGACUCAGUCUGGUGGAUGCUGUGGUAAAAAAAAACUUUGGACUAAUUUUUCCUUGAUGUCUUUGGUUUUCUUUAUUCUCCCUUGCUUCAGACGGGGUGAGACCAGUGGAGUAUCUUAGAUGGCUGCUCACAAGCUCUGAAGACCCUAGAUGCUACUCACCAAAGUAGGAUGUAGAACAUUAUAAGCUGUGUUAUACCAGUUGAGCUAGAUGUUUCCCAAGACCAUGAUCCCAACAGUCCUCAGCCCAAGUAUUGUGUCAAAGAAUGCACUGCAGUACCGGGGCAAUUCCCAGCAUGAUGCCCAGGAGUUUCUGCUGUGGCUUUUGGACCGAGUUCAUGAAGACCUCAAUCAUUCUGUGAAGCAGAGUGGCCAGACUCCUCUGAAGCCACCAUCAGAGACUGAUAUAAUGCCUGAGGGACCAUCCUUUCCUGUCUGCAGCACCUUUGUACAAGAACUUUUUCAAGCCCAGUACAGAUCUUCUUUGACAUGUCCUCAUUGUCAGAAACAGAGCAACACUUUUGACCCUUUUCUCUGCAUCUCUCUGCCAAUUCCUCUACCCCACACAAGGCCUCUCUAUGUCACUGUAGUGUAUCAAGGGAAAUGCUCUCACUGCAUGAGGAUUGGCGUGGCUGUGCCUCUGUCUGGGACUGUCGCCAGACUUAGGGAAGCAGUAUCUACGGAAACAAAGAUCCCCACUGAUCAGAUUGUGUUAACAGAAAUGUACUAUGAUGGAUUCCAUCGUUCCUUUUGUGACACGGACGACCUGGAAACGGUCCAUGAAAGUGACUGCAUUUUUGCCUUUGAGACUCCAGAAAUAUUUAGGCCUGAGGGAAUUCUCAGUCAAAGAGGAAUUCAUUUAAACAACAAUCUAAACCACCUGAAAUUUGGCUUGGAUCACCAUAGACUGUCUUCCCCCACACAAGCAGCAGCAAAGCAAGGGAAAAUGGACUUGCCUUCCACAAGAGCAGGAAGUGACAAGAUUGUCCUUUUGGUGUGUAAUCGAGCCUGCACUGGGCAGCAAGGGAAAAGGUUUGGAUUGCCUUUUGUGCUGCACCUGGAGAAGACAAUAGCAUGGGACCUUCUGCAGAAGGAAAUCUUAGAGAAGAUGAAGUGUUUCUUGAGGCCCACAGUUUGCGUUCAGGUGUGUCCAUUCAGUUUGCGUGUGGUCAGUGUCGUGGGAAUAACAUACUUGUUGCCUCAGGAGGAGCAGCCUUUGUGCCAUCCAACGGUAGAAAGGGCAUUAAAAUCUUGUGGACCAGGUGGUACGGCUCAUGUGAAAUUAGUAGUAGAAUGGGACAAGGAGACGAAAGAUUUCUUGUUUGUAAACGCUGAGGAUGAGUAUAUCCCUGAUGCGGAAAGUGUCCGUCUGCAAAAGGAACGUCAUCACCAGCCUCAGACCUGCACUUUAUCCCAAUGUUUCCAACUCUACACCAAAGAGGAACGGCUUGCCCCAGAUGAUGCCUGGCGUUGCCCGCACUGUAAGCAGCUGCAGCAGGGAAGCAUUACUUUAAGCCUGUGGACUCUGCCUGAUGUGCUUAUUAUACAUCUAAAGAGAUUUCGACAGGAAGGAGACAGGCGUAUGAAACUUCAGAACAUGGUCAAGUUCCCUUUGACUGGCCUGGACAUGACUCCUCACGUGGUUAAGAGAAGCCAGAGCAGCUGGAGUUUGCCAUCCCAUUGGUCCCCAUGGAGACGGCCCUAUGGACUUGGGCGGGACCCUGAGGACUACAUCUAUGACCUGUAUGCUGUGUGCAAUCAUCAUGGCACCAUGCAAGGGGGGCACUACACAGCCUACUGUAAGAACUCUGUGGAUGGCCUGUGGUACUGCUUCGAUGACAGUGACGUGCAGCAGCUGGCUGAAGACGAGGUCUGCACACAGUCAGCCUACAUCCUUUUCUACCAGAGGCGGACAGCUAUACCCUCGUGGUCGGCCAACAGCUCAGUGGCGGGCUCCACAAGUUCUUCCCUGUGCGAACACUGGGUGAGUCGGCUCCCGGGGAGCAAGCAAGCCAGCGUCACCUCAGCGGCUUCCUCCAGACGCACCUCCCUGGCCUCACUCUCUGAGUCCGUAGAGAUGACCGGGGAAAGAAGUGAAGAUGAUGGAGGAUUCUCAACUCGACCAUUUGUGAGAAGUGUCCAGCGUCAAAGCUUGUCGUCCAGAUCUUCUGUCACCAGCCCCUUGGCCAUCCAUGAAAGUUGCAUGAGACCUUCUUGGUCCUUGUCUGCUAAGCUGCAGAUGCGCUCCAAUUCUCCUUCCCGAUUCUCAGGGGACUCUCCAAUUCAUACCUCUGCCUCCACCCUGGAGAAGAUUGGGGAGGCAGUGGAUGACAAGGUCUCCAUCUCUUGCUUUGGUAGCUUGAGAAACCUUUCUAGCAGUUACCAGGAAGCAGGCGAUAGUCACAGUCGACGUGAGCACAAGGCCGUGGGCCGAGCCCCUCUGGCUGUCAUGGAAGGUGUGUUCAAAGAUGUAUCAGACAUCCGGAAAUUGAACUCCAGUCUUGUAGAUGCACAGAGCAAAAACUCAGCACAAGGGAGUUGCCUGCCCCCUGUCUCUGAUCCGUUUGAUAACAAUAACCAGAUUGCUUAUGUGGAUCAGAGCGAUUCUGUAGACAGCUCUCCAGUCAAAGAGGUGAAACCUCCAAGCCACCCUGGCUCACUCUCAAAGAAACCAGAGAGCACAACCAAGAGAUCCCCCAGCUCCAAAGGCACUUCUGAGCCAGAUAAAAGCUUGCGGAAGGGGAGACCAGUCUUGGCAAGCCAGGAAUCAUCUCUUUCCAGUACAUCUCCUUCGUCUCCUGUUCCUGUAAAAGUUUCUAUAAAGCCCUCGCGCUCCCGGAGCAAAGCAGAUUCUUCUUCUAGGGCCAGUGGGCGUCAUUCAUCCCCUGUCCCUGGCCAACCCAAAAAAGAGUCAUCCCCUAAAUCCCGGGACACUGUGUCCUCUCCUUCACCACAGAAGCAGAAGUCAGCCUCUUCCCUAGCCUACACUGCUUCCACAUCUGCCAAAAAAGCCUCGGGCGCUGCCACAAGGGGGCCCUGCCCUCCCGGGAAGAGCAGGACUUCAGACAGAAGCUUAAGUAGAGAGGGCUCCAGACAAAGCCUGGGCUCUGACAGGGCAGGCAUCACCUCCACCUCCAAACCCAACUCCCCUUGGAUGGGUCAGGCCAGGGUGGGGGAGGGCAGAGGGGAUAGCAAGCAUGUCAGGAGCUCCUCCAUGGCCAGCCUGCGGUCCCCCAGCAUGAGCAUGAAGUCUGGUCUGAAGAGGGACAGCAAAUCUGAGGACAAGGGGCUGUCCUUCUUCAAAUCAGCCUUGCGACAGAAGGAGACCCGGCGGUCGACUGACCUUGGCAAGACAACCUUGCUCUCCAAAAAGGCCGGCGGGAGCUCUGUCAAGUUGGCCUGUAAGGGUGCAGCGGACGAGAAGUCGGAGAAGGGUCACCAACCUCCGGGUUCCCAGCAGCCCAGUGCAAAUCCAGUUGGAAAAGAGCAGCUUGUCUCUAAGGACCCCGCUUUGGCCAAACAUUCCCUGCUGUCCACUCGCAAAUCCAAGUCUUCCCAGCUAGACUCUGGUGUUCCCGCGUCUCCAGGUGGCAGGCAGUCUGCUGAGAAAUCCUCAAAAUUAUCUGCUAGCAUGCCAACCUCUGCACGGCCUUCUCAAAAACCUCAGUGAUAUUUCUGCAAUCCCAGUGUUUUAUCUGUAAAAAUAUUUAUUUAAACCCUUCUCCUCCCACCAAAGCCCUCUAUGCUUUUGUAUUUUUUAGGUCAUGUGCCUGGUGUGGGUGCGUGUGUGCGUGCGCGUGUGUAAGGAGAACUCAAUUGUGAAUUGUUAAAAGCAGCGCCUUACUCUGCCAUUGAACCAAAUAACAGCCGUAGGCAAAGCGUUGAUACCAAGCUAACUGGAAUAGUUAUAGACGAUACCCUGGACAGUCCCUUUAGCAGCUGUACAUACUUCUUUCUAGAGAACUCUAAUGACUUUUGUCGGACACUAGGGUUUUGAAACCUGUGAACCAGUUAAGCUAUCAUCAGUGUGCUCUGCAGAAGGAGGAGUUACUUGGCUUGGGUUUCAUCUGAGCAGGAUUUGUCUUCGCUGCGGAUUAUCGUGUGGCACCAGGAACUCUAAAAACUGUGAUAACAAACUGAGGGAAAACUGUUGCUUUCUGCACUUUCGCCCCAUCUACCAGUCUUUGUAAAGGGCAAUAUUUUAACACUAAUGUUUCUCAGGUAUUUCCUCAGCUAGUCUAGGGCAGAUGCGCAUCAGUGAAUAGAUUAAAGAAGAAGGUGACAGGUGGGUGACCGUGUCAUUUCUCCUACUGCCACAGAUAGAAAUGUUAGAGGCAGAAACGAAGCCUUUCACUACCUUCAUAUCUGCAAAGAUGUGUGGACCGUAAGCUGUCUUGGCUCUUAGGAUAUGCCCUAAAGGAGGUGGCAAAUUGGAUAGCCAGAAACCAGUCAAUAGUAGUUAAAUUUUCCCUUCUAAAUUUGCUAGCCAAGGCCAUGGGGAUUUUGAAAUGUAGUAAAGCAGUUUACACCUUUGAAAGAUCCCUGGGAAAAAAAUGGAUUCUGAGCUGGAUGCGUGAAUCUGUACCACAUUCCUUCUCUGGUGUUGCUUUUUUUUGUACGUUAAACAUUGAAAGCUCCAGGCUACCCUGCGUUUUGCAUGCUCACGCGUCCUUGUCCUGUGACUUGGAGAGGAACAGCGUUGUCUAAUGCCAGAUCACUGAUGGCAUGUUGAAGCAGUGUGUGACAAAGUAUUACAUGUGCACUUCGGAGCCUGCCUGUCAGUCCUAGUUAUGACUGCUUCUCAGUAACUCACUUAUUCUUCGUACUGAAGAUUUAAUCUCGCCCCCAGAACUCACAGGCAGGAUUGGAGUGUGUGCCAUCUGGCAGUGGUCAGUGCAAAUUGCGUUUCUCGUUUAGGAAAAAAGUGAAUUUCAUAGAAAUCUCACACAUAAACAAGGCACAGAAUGCUCCUUAGAAGCAAGGGUGGCAAGACUACAUCUCACAUACUCUGGACAUGUUGUCAGGAGGGGUCAGUCCCUGGAGGAGGACAUCAUGCUUGGUAAACUAGAGGGUCAGCAAAAAAGAGGAAGCCCCUCAAUGAGAUGAACUGACACAGCCGCUGCAACAAUGGGCUUAAGCGUAACAAUGAUUGUGAGGACGGUGCAGGACCAAGUAGUGUUUUAUUCUGUUGUAUGUAGGUUCCCUAUGAGUUGGCAUCGACUCGAUGGCACCUAACAACAACAAAGAAGACAUACAUAGUCUUUCAAGCAUUUUGAAAGUAUCCUGGCAAUGCUUUCCUGCUCAAUUUUUAGUGUUUUUUUUUUCUUCCCUCUUUUUUUUUUAAUGUCAAGCGAGUCAAGGUCCUGGUUCCCCUUGAAUAGCAUUUGUCACUUUGUCAUGAAACACAGCAUGCUAAGUUAGAUGCUUUCAAAUGUUAACUUUUUUUUUUUUUUUCAGUCAUAGACUCUUCCAAGUUCUUCCUGAACUCUUGGUGCACAGAUCCAUUUAUAAUUUUCCUUUUCAGUAUUGCUGUGUAUGAAGUAACUAGAAUAUAGUACAUGCAUAGCUAUGAAUUCUGCACUGCCUUUUCUUGUUUAUUAUUAUUAUUUUCAUGAAUACCUCUUGGGAAAUGUUUCCAAUGGGUUACUUAACUUUAUUUUGCUGCUAAUUUGAGCAUUAGCAGGUAACUGGCAAGUCUGGAGACCAUUUAUGUUAGGGUAGCUGCAGUGUUACACCCUUGCGAUAUUUAAGACUUACAUAUUCAGCCUUGUGGAAGUUACCAUAGUGUUCAAGGUAAUUCAUUUAACCUGAGCCUGUUGCCUGAUGCUGUCUGUCCUGUACUCACCACUUCACUAGGUUUCCCCGUUGGACUGUACAGACGUCUGGAAGCCCAGAGCAGUUCUCCUCUCCUCUGCCAUAGUGUGACUGCUGGAUGACCGUCUUCAGUGCUCUUAGUGCUUCCAGUGGCACGUUCACAUCCCGGCUGCGGUUAGCCUCUCCUAGUCUCCUUUCAUACCGUGUUUAUUUCCUGAAAAAGAUGGACCGUGUGUGGGGAUUGACAAUAUCAGGAAUAGAGUGUUUGUCUGAUUUGAUCCUCUCAUCUUUUUUUAAUAGGUAGAUCUCAUUUGAAAUCUCCUGUCUGAAUCUGAAACAGUCUUAGAAUUAUAGCUUGAUUGGACAAAGCAUUUUAAUAGCACUUCUUUUUUUUGCUAUAAUCAGUUAAGCAUUAAUGGAAACCAGUUUCAUUUUCACACAGGGCCUUGAACCCGGUUCUUUCUGGUUCGAACCCCUGCUGAGAAUUUGCGUUUCUAACAAGUUCCCUGCUGAGAAUUUGCAUUUCUAACAAGUUCCCAGGAAGUUAUACUUAAGAAUCACCUGGGGAUCUUGUUAAACUGUAGGUCCUGAUUCGGUAUAUCUGGGGCUGAAGUGCAAAUUCUCAGCAGGGAACUUGUUAGAAAUGCAAAUUCUCAGCAGAGGUUCGAACCUGAAAGCUCUGUUGUCACAGUGGUUAAGGGUAGUUUUUAUUCCUGAGUCCUGUAGGAAUGGUUUUACCGUUAUGGCUAGUCUUGGAAAACAUCUCCACAAGCCCCUUUAAUUUCCCCUGGGAUCUUAGAAAUGAAGUUUCAGUCUCUCAUAUCUGUCUGCCUAUGGAGUUCUUGUUCCAAAUAUAAUUAAAUAGAAAAAGAUCAGGACUUAUUAUGGCACUGUCUAGGCAUCUUUAAGUUAUUAUCUUUCUCUGAUUAGUAAGCAAUGAAAAUUUCAUCAUCCCUAACUACUAGGUACAGCUUUCAGCUGCAGAAAAGAAUAUUUUGACCCAAAGGUUGGAGGUGCCCGUUGAAGUAUAUAGUAUCUUAUAGGAAAAUUAUUAGUCGGUUCAGUUUCUUGGUAGGAGUCAGGGGCUUGGUGCCUGCUUUUUGUUUUCCUGGUGAUACUUGGCACAGCGAGCAUGUAUGUGUUCUGGGGUUAAAAGUCAUCUGUUAAGGAUGGUAGGACUGGGUUUAUGGGUGACAACCAGGUUUGCCUGGUUCGGGCAACUGUUUCCUGGUAGGCACAAAACAGUAACUACCAGUGGUGUCGCAUCUGUAACGUCUGUCGGGUUUUUAAAGGUUUUUCAUUCUUGAUUUCUCUUCCUGUAGACAUCCAGCAGGCUGAGGCUGUGUCAUUCCUUAAGGCAGCCCUACACCUUGCCUUUGUAAUCCCUUGUAGAAUGUGGAAGCACAAAGUAAAACCGUGAAGCUUCAUGGCAUCAUAGACCAUCUCCUACCCUUUUGUAUUUCCUCAUCCUAAAAGCAGCCUAACUGAAAGUAAGUAGUAAUAUGCUGGACUGGUAGAAAUGGAUCUGGGAGUAUUUUUGGUAUGGUAAAAUAUUAUAAUCGUGAGGCUGCCUUAAAACUCUUGUAAUCAUUCAUUCAUUCAUUCUGCAAACCUUCGUGGAGGGCCUGCUUUGCCUGUAAAGGCAAACUGAAAGCUUUUUAAGAAGCACUGGGAGCACAGCCUCUGGACCAGGGGACACUGGUGAUGUCCUGAAUGGAAUGACAGUCUUCCUGAACAAAAGGAUUCAGUGGAUUCUGGUGAAUCAGCUAAGGCUUGUGGUCCUCUGGAACAAAUCUGUUCUGUUCUGAAACCAAAAGUGCCCUUCAUCUUUGGAGACAUUUUACUUGUUCAUCCACUUUUUCAGACUGAGCUGUCUCUACUACUUAGGGGUUGAAAAUCCAUUAGAUAGUCAAUUUACAUUAGAAUUUGGUCAUCCAAGUUUGUAUGAGAUGAAUGUGGGGAUUUUUUUGGGGCGGGGGGGAGAUGGGAAGACAAGUUGUCAUCCCUCUAAAAUAACCAUCAUGGAAAAAAUACAGUGUGUAAAGGGAACAGUAGUGGCUGCCUUUAGGAAAAACGGAGCCAAGAAGAGCUGCAAACAAAGCUCAUUUAUUUCAAAUAAAUGUGUUUUUAAAAGUAGAUUGACAUCUGCCUUUACAUUGCAUUCUGACGAAUUACUAAACAGCUGAAGUUAUCAUUUCCUGUGGAGGCUAUUAUAAUUAUCGGACGCAGAGAUAAUUAGUGUUUCUGGGUUGGAUUUUGGGGAUAGUAUGCAAAUUAUAAGCACAGUUUCAAUAAAACAGAUCUUCUCUGAGGCCCAUUGAACUUUGUAUUAUUUGGAGUUGAGAACAGCAAAGUUUGCUGACAAACUAGUGCCUAUAUCAUACACAUGAACACAAAAAGGAGCUGUUACUCUGCUUUGUCUUUUUAAUUUCAUAAAGGGUGUAUUAUUGCCAGACCUGACUACGUACUUUAGGGGGAAACCCAGUGCUUUUAUUUAAAUGAAAAUUCACUGUCUCACAGCACCUUUCCAUCAACUCCUGAGUGUUUGUUUUUGCAGCUCCAUUUUGAGCGUGACUAAUCAUUUUUUUUCCCGGGUAAUGAAAACAGUUUUGCAUGGCCUCCGUCUUAUCCAGAAAGCAUGCUCUUACUAUCUAUGCAAGCAACUCAUUGAAAAUAUAUAGACUGCACUAAAUGUAAGUUUUUUAAAAAAGGCAACUCUCAGAUCAUGGAGCUCUAUUUUUGAAUUCGUAAUUUUUUACAUGUGGCUUCAGCAUCAACCCAGAAGAGCAUGAAUGUGAUUUCUUGUUUUGCUUUGCACAUGUUGUUUCUCUUUGCCAAAUUUUUUUCCUCAUUGGCGAGAUUGUGUGUAAAAUAUUAAGUAUUUUGCAGGCAGAAGUAGAAUUGGAUAUGUUGAACACACACUGGUUUCUAUACUGUAUUUAGCCUGAACACUUUCCUAAAGUAUUUUCUUCUAUGAAAAACCUGCCAUUUUCUAUAGAUUUUAAUUUUUUUAUAUCUUCUAGGGUUCUAUUGUGGUCACAAGGAAAGAGUGUGGCUUCUAAUCGUGCUAACAAUUUUCAAACGCUUUUGUAAAGACUCGAGCAGUUUUAGAAAGCUUUGGAGCUUCCCAGCCACUGGCCAUAAUACGCCUAAGCCUGUGGAAUUUCUGGUAGUGCAUUAGGUUCUAGACCCAACUCAUGUUCAUUUAAAGCCAGUGUUUCCCAACUUUGGGGAGAAGGGGGAUCCAUAGCAGACUUGGGAAGCUUUUUCAAAUCACACACGUAUUCUUCCCAAGAUUCUGAUAAGCCUCUUCCGAAAGACUCAUCUGAGAUGCUGGUACCCAACAUUCAGUAGAACCAUCUUGGGAACUUGAAAAAAUACAGCGCCUGGGCCCCAUUCUCAAGCUUUUGAUCUAAGUAGUGAGGGGUGGGGCCAAGUAGUAACCAUAUAUUUUAAGCUCCUAGGCGUUUCUAAUGUGCAGUCAGAAUUGAUAACCACUGUGAUACAAUCCCCUUGCUGAGAUUUAUGGUGAGAAUCACUGCCAUGUGAAGUAUACUCACGCGCAAGUAAGAUUCUUCAGUCAUUUGGAGAGGGGGUAAAAAAAAGAUUGGCAACCACUGAUAGCAACCUCCUAUUUGAAAUAUGGGCCUUUCUUAUCCCAGGCCCAGUUUGGGAGCUUGGAACAUUUGUGGGUGGCCCAGCACUUGCCAGUCUGGUGGGAACUGGUAGUCUCAGUUUGUUGGAGUAGGCAGGAUACUCCAUGGGAUAUACAUGCUCCCCCAGACCCCUUUCCCUGGAUUCCAGAGCUGGCGAGACCUAAAGGGGAGUAGGGAAGUCACUCUGAGUUUGAAAAUGCUGAAGAAUAAAAUAGACAACAUUUAUAGCCUUGAAAAACCUGUCUCUGCUUUUGAUAGAAUGAUUGCUGUUAUGUAGUCAUUACACAUGAAUUAGGAAGUGCUGUUCCGUAGCAAACCCCAGGCUGCCACUGACCUUCCUGUUCAGCCCAUUCUCGGCUAGAGUUCUUAUCCACAAUAUAGUUUCAGGAAUUGUUUUUAAUUUUAAAAAUGAGUGUGAAGAAUUUUAUUGGGAGUCUUUUUUCUUUUGCUAACCCUCGUUGCUUUUUUUUCAUGCAAUUUUUAAAAAUCAAAUUAUACUCAUCCAAGAAUUUGGCAAUAUAUGUAACCUAUAGAGGCAAAUAGGAAACCACAGUGGCCUAGUGGUUAAGAGCUACGGCUGCUAACCAGAAGGUCAGCACUUCAGAUCCACCAGGCACUCCUUGGAAACGCUAUAGGGCAGUUCUGCUCUGUCCUGUAGGGUCACUCUGAGUCAGAAUUGAUUCGACAGCAAUGGGGUUGGUGUGGUUUGGUUUGGAUAGAGGCAAAUGAGAGUUUUAAUCUGUGGUGAGCUGAAUGGGCUACAACAUCUUCAGAAUAUUCUGCUGUGCUUCUUGGUGGUUUGAGAAAUUAUGCUGCCUACAGAAAAAAAAAAAAAGUAACACAACUUACCUGGCAUUUUCAACGUUUUAAGGAAUAAAGAUAUAAGAAUCCAAGUUGGAGAUGCUCCUUUACGAAGGCCACGCUGAGUGGUGGUAUCUGUUGCAAUCGUGAAAACACAACAUGAAGUUUUCCUAGGUGCUAUUCUAAACAGCAUGGUCAUUAGAGCAAAUCAGAAGGCAGUACAGUAUUUUGCAAGUUGAAGUUCUCUUUGAGGGCCUUUGGAAUACGCAUUCAUGUUCCCUAUAGGUUUGCUCACCAACUGUGCCUCUCAACACUGGUUAAAAUGAAAUUCAAGCCCCCUUACAAGAACGGUUUCCUGAUUGAACUCUUCAGUUUCUACACUGGAAUUUCUGUAGUCGUCUUAAAAGCUGCAUGUCGUAUCACUGUACCCAAGAUGCUUUGCUGUUGUUCACGCACCACCGCUAGUGAUUUCUGGAUCAUUUCCUUCUUCAGUUGCGCAGUGAUAUGGAAGGCAGGAUGUCUUUCUGUGAGGCUGGAAAAAAAGUGUAUCAUACAUUUUAAGUUAUUUUAGAACAAGUGCAUGAGAUGUAUCCUUGACUUCUGUUAUUUAUUUGUAUGUUUUCUCAUUCAUGUGUAUGCACUUUUAAUAAGCAGAAUUUAUAUUUUUGUGUUGAAAAUGUUUUAUUUCUGAAACAGCAGUUGAUUAUAUAGUAUACAGUUGGAACUAAGAGAAAAGUGGAAAUGUAACAAAAUAUAAUAAAUUUAUUACAUGAUGCCCUCUUCAAGCCAUAUUCCUCUUAUCUCCCUCAUGCCAGCCGCUCUUUGGUGUUGACUAAUAAUAGCAACAUAUUUGUACCAGAUCGAUCUAUGCCAAGUACUUUAAAGUAUCGUUGUUAAAAAAGCAAGAUACUCUAUAUGUAAAACUUUAAAACAAAAAAUCACAUCCAUGCUUAUUUAUUUUCACAAUCAGGUAUUAUCAUUCCCAUUUCCUCCAUGGCAAAUAAAAGACAAUUUGUCCUGGGUUUUAGCACUGGAUAAGAACUCAUGUUAUGACUCACCUCCAGAGCACUUUGAACAUUUCACUCUGUUUCCCCCUUCUGCCAGACUUUAUAAUGGGAAGAAAUAGUAAUCUCUUUAUCCUGGUGUUUUGUGUCUUCAUUUUCAACCACCAUCCCAUUCCGGUGAAACUUUUCCAACCGUCUUUACUGCUGCUCGGCACAGGACUCCCUCUGAAGGAUGCCACGCCACUUACGGCCACCUGGGGGCGAUAAAGGUCUCUGUCAUUAUCAAGUGUCACUUUAAAAGCCCAGUGUGCUUGUUCUUAGCCUCUCUGAGUGUGGAAGUGCUUAUGACUGUGAGUUGAGGAGUGCGGUAUCGGCGAUGGCGAGCAGGGGUUUCAGUUUAGCCGAGUACCACCCGCCAUCAUUUGUUCCCAGAAACCGGAAUUCAGAUCUGAGAGCAGAUCUUGUUUUCCUAAAGCUCAGCUUUACGGUUUAAGGUUAGGGCAGGGAGACUGUUCCUAACCAAGGAUGCAUGUGAACCACAUGUCAUACGGUCCAAGGCGCAGCACUUAAAAAUGUCUCUCUUUUUAAAUGGUAGAAUUUUGUUCUGGGCUCUAUUAAAAAGCAUUUAACCAGGUAGUACACUAGUUACGUAAGAAGCUUCAUUAUGCCUGAAAGUGUUCACAUGUCAUAAAAAACAUUAAUAGUUAUAAAAAUAUUUAAGAGCUAUUUUGUCUGUCUCCUUAGAAUUUGGAAGAUUAUUUUCAAAUAUUUGAAUCGUUUU